AUAACAUGAAUUAUUUGUAUAAUGUUGAUUUUUAUAAUGUAAUUGAAUUAAUUAUGGCAUGAUAUAUGAAUUAUUCCUUUUCUAACCUUGAUUUAGAUGAAUCUCUGAUAUCAUCGCUAGCAAAAUUAGGAAUUACAGAGCCAUCCCCAAUCCAGUACAGUUUAAUAAAGUCUUCUACAGAUGAAAACAGUAUCAUAUUUCAAUCAAAAUCUGGAACUGGGAAGACUGUUUCAUUGUGUAUAUUACUUAUAAACAAGAUUAUAAAGAGGAAGUUCUCAGAAAAUGAGAAUUCCAAAUCAUAUCUUGAGGAUUUAUCUCAUUUUCCAAACCCUCCAAGUAUUUUGUUUGGAGAAGUUGUGUUCAUAGUCCCUACAAGUGAGCUUGCAUACCAGAUUUAUCUCUUUUUCUCAUCACUUAAACAAUAUUUGGAAUGUGUAAAUCCUGUAUUAUUGACAUCUGACUCAAAAUUAUUGGAACUAAUAAACCGCCUGAAAACUAACGAAUUCAAUAUCGUUAUUUCAACUCCUGGAAAGUUUAUAACAAUCCUUAAAAAGAAACCAAAAGAUAAUGAAACUGCUGAAUUCGGUAUAAAGUCAAAUCAUUUGCUUCUUAAAACUAAUUUACUCAUAUUCGAUGAAGCUGAUUUACUACUUGAUGAUCACUUUCUUGGACAAACCAGAUACAUAUGUAACAAGGUAGUUAACCCCUUUGUACAAGUGAUAGCAGUUUCAGCAACAUUCAUGAAACCUCAGUUUAAGUCAUUUGAAGAUAUGAUAAACCAAAUCGAUGUAAAUUACAUAGAUAAAUUUACAAAUUUGGAAGUUGAGGAUAAUAACAAUAAUGUUGAAUCUUUGGUUAAAGUUGAGCCCAGAUUAACAUAUUUCCUUAGGCACCUACUAAUUUCUAAAAGAAUAUCAAAAUCCGCUGAUAUUUUUGAAUAUUUAUCAACAUAUGAAAGGAAAAUAACAAAAAUUAUAUUAUCAACCAGUUACUUGAGCAGGUACAUGGAUCCUAAAACCGCUGGCUCAAAUAAGGAAUCAUAUUACCUAACCUCUGAAACUACAGAAACUAUGGACCAGGAAAUUGAUUUAAACCCUCCAAGUUUGGUUCUUGAUAAGGUUAAAUUCUACAUGGGAAGUGUUCCAGACGCUCCAAAUAUUGUUAUGCAAAUUGGGCUUAAAGUGGAGGUAGUCGCCAGGGUUCUGUUUAAUGUUGAUUAUAAAAAGUGUAUUAUCUUCUGCAAUCAAACCCAUACAAGAGUCCAAACAUGCAAACUCCUCCAAAGUCUAGGGUUUCAGUGCUACAUUAACAGCUCAAGACUGUCCCAUGCUGACAGAAUGAAGAUGUUUGAGUACAUCUCAAUAGAUAAGGUGAUUAUCCUGUGCACGGACAUAAUGAGUAGAGGAAUUGGCUUUCCAAACGUAGACCUGGUUAUAAAUAUGGACAUGCCAAGCUCAAAAGAGGUGUUUUUACAUAGAUCAGGACGCUCAGGUAGAUUUGGAGCCAGAGGGACGUGCGUGUCAGUUUGCAUGGAAUCAGAAGUUGAAACUUAUAAAUAUUUCAUGUACUCACUUAAUUUUAAAUCAUUACCAGUAGAGGAGCUGCACAACAGUGAAUAUCAGGAGUCUGUUUCUACAAUAUUUAAGAAUUCAGUCAAUUUUACCCCUUUAUUCCAGCCAGAGUCUGACCUUUCAAAGAUUAUUAGCCCUACUCUUACCACCUGUAUGAUGGAUUUUGAACCGUUUAAAUUCAAGGUUUCAAUAAUUGGACUGGUUUCUACAAAUUACUUAAGGAUAUUUAACCCUGAUGCUUCUAGAACAUUUAUGUACUUUGAGGCGAAUGGUUCAGAAUUAUCUGUUUACAUUAGAACCCUCGAAGAUGGAUUUUCCUCAUUCGAAACUAUCUUUCAUUUAGAUGUUCCAAAAAUAUUAGUUUAUAUCGACAAGCAUAUCCACAAAGAUCCAGAAUUUUAUAGAAAUAAGUCUGAUGUAACUCACAUCAUUUUAGAAACAAGUAACACUUCACUUUUAAUUACACUCUUCGCAUUUGAGUUUUAUAAAAUACUAACCUGCUCCAGUAAUAAUUUGUUGGAAUUCGUUCCAGUUGAAUUAGAAUCACGUUGUAACAUAGAUUACCAAGACUUAGAGUCUGUAUUGGACAAUAUUCCAAACUUAACCUGUAAAAUAGGAACUGAAGAGGAACUUUCACUGCUUUUCAGCACGCUCACACUAGACCAAAGGUCUAUUAAGAGCCAUACUGUAAAAUAUUUUAUUCAAAAAAUGAAGUUUGAUAGAGAUUUUAAUGGAUUAAUUUAUGUGUACACUGUAUAUUCAGAGAAAAUACAGCCAAGUAAAGACUCACAAACAAAAAUUAUGGCUUUUAACCCACACACAGUUAGCAGAUACUUUCUGUCAAAGCAUGUAUCACACUGGAUGAGCUUAGAAACUUAAUAUAUUAAAACUUAUAAA